AUGCUAUUACAUACACUCGGGCAUAGUGUUCGUAACCGAGUCAAACGAUUUAACUUUCAUCGCUCUGGUGAAACUGUUAGUAAGUACUUCAAAGCUAUAUUACAUGCUGUAGGGGAGUUACGCAAUGAGUUUAUCAAACCUCCACCACCUGAAACUCCAUAUAUGAUUAAAUCAAGUAAUAGGUUCAUGCCAUUUUUCAAGAUCUAUGACAUCUUCCAGCUGCUUCCAUCAAAAGAUCAAGUUGGUGUUUUCUCAGCCAUAAUGCCUUCUGAGGCUUUGGAGAUUACCCGCAAAUUCAUGAACAAGCCUGUAAGGAUCCUUGUCAAACGAGAUGAACUGACCUUGGAAGGAAUAAAACAGUUCUAUGUGACUGUUGAUAAGCAAGAUUGGAAGCUUGAAACCCUUUGUGAUCUUUAUAAAACAUUGGCCAUUACUCAUAGUGUUAUUUUUGUGAACACGAGGUGCAAAGUGGAUUGGCUCAUCGACAAGAUGAGGAGCAGUGAUCAUACAGUAUCGGCUACCCACGGCAACAUGGAUCAAAACACGAGAGAUAUUAUUAUGCGGGAGUUUAGAUCUGAUUCUUCUCAUGUUAACAUCACCACUGACCUGCUUGCCCGCGAUAUCGAUGUUCAACAUGUCUCACUGGUCAUCAAUUAUGACUUGCCAACUCAACCUGAAAACUAUCUCCAUCGUAUCGGUCGUAGCGGAUGGUUUGGAAGAAAGUGUGUGGUUAUCAACUUCAUCACCAAUGAUGAUGAGAGAAUGCUGGCUGACAUCCAAAGAUUCUACAAUGUUAUCAUUGAAGAACUGCCAUCCAAUGUUGCUGACCUCCUUUGA